GUCAGCACGGCCGCCAGACUCCGCACCCAGGAGGGGGAUGGGGUGCUCCUAGACGCUUGCCAGCCCCAGUCCCAUCCAGGAGCCCGGGAACCGCCGCCGCCGCCGCCACCACGCGCGCCCAGAGCUUGGAGCCUCGUUGCCAGCCCAGGGACCCGGGGCCCGGGCCGCGGGCCGAGGGGAGCCGGGGGGCAGGAGAGGAGGUCCUGAGCCCGGCAGAGCGCCCGCCGAGAGGGCGUUCUCCCCGCCCCCGGUGCCUCGCCCGCCUGACCCGCCCCAAGCACUGGGAGAUCACCUCCGCCCGUCACCUCCUCCUCCCCUCAUCCAGGUCCACCCGGGGCUCCCUCCCCCGGGCCGCCCCCGAAACGCGAAGUUGGCGGGAGCCUAUAAAAGCCGGUGACGGCGCGACCCGCGGACACACGGUGCAGGCGCCCGAGGAGCAGCCGCCUCUAGAACGGCGCCAACUCCUGCCCUGCCUCGACCAGCCGCACGACCAUGGCCCAUCACUGGGGAUACGGCAAGCACAACGGACCCGAGCACUGGCAUAAGGAGUUCCCCAUUGCCAAGGGACAGCGCCAGUCCCCUGUUGACAUCGACACCAAAGCAGCCAUUCAUGACCCUGCCCUGAAGGCUUUGUCUCCUUCCUAUGAGCAAGCGGUUUCUCGCAGGAUCAUCAACAACGGUCACUCUUUCAACGUGGAAUUCGAUGACUCCCAGGACAAAGCAGCUUCACUUGGUUCACUGGAACACCAAAUAUGGGGAUUUUGGAAAAGCUGUGCAGCAACCUGAUGGACUGGCUGUUUUGGGUAUUUUUUUGCAGAUUGGUGAUGCCAGACCAGGCCUACAAAAAGUCCUCGAUGCCCUGGAUUCCAUAAAGACAAAGGGUAAGAGUGCGGACUUCACCAACUUUGACCCUCGUGGCCUCCUUCCUGGAAGUCUGGACUACUGGACCUACCCAGGCUCACUGACCACUCCUCCCCUUCUGGAAUGCGUGACCUGGAUCGUGCUCAAGGAGCCCAUCAGCGUUAGCAGCGAGCAGAUGAUGAGAUUUCGUAAGCUUAAUUUCAAUAAGGAGGGCGAGCCUGAAGAACUGAUGGUGGACAAUUGGCGCCCAGCUCAGCCACUGCACAGCAGACAGAUUAAUGCGUCCUUCAAAUAAGAUGGCCCCAGAGCCCACAUCCAGAUAGUGGAUAUUCGGGAUAUUAGCUAAGCACAGAUCUACCUUGGUGAAUCGGACCUUGGCUGCUUUGCGUCUGGUUUUCUAGAUCCUUAUCUCUCACCUGUUGUCCUCAUUAGUAAAAUGUGAAGAACUUGACCAGUUGUCGUGCUUGACCGAAUUGCUGUGACUGGUGCUUUGGUUCUGGUAAUAGCCUUUCUGUAGGAGAGAAUAUAAUAUAAGGAAUAAGAGAACAAAGCAUCUUGACUUUGUUCGUAGCACAUGGGGUGAUGAGCACAGACAAUUGUUCACAAAAAUGCUAACUUUAAAACAUAGGAAAGUAGAAUGAUUGAGUGCAAAUCCAUUCCAUGAGAUAAAUUGAGCUGUGUAAUGUAAAUCAGGUGAAAUAGUCAUGAUUCUAUGUAAUGUAAAUCAGAUGAAAUAAAUGUUUAUGAUUCCGAGAUACUAUAUUCAAGAAAAAAAUUUUAAAUUCUUAUAUAUUUGUAGCAAUGUUAUCUGGAAAAUGAAUUAUGUUGUAAUUUAGUGACUUUUGAAUUACAGAGAUGUAAAUGAAGUAUUAUCUGUAAAAUUGUUAAAAUUAUAGUUGUAAUACAGAGUAUAUUUCCAUUCAAAUAAUAUAUCAUAACUUAAUAAAUAUUGUAUUUUAGAUAUAUUCUCUAAUAAAAUUUGGACUUCUA